AUGAUAACAUUUAAGCCGUUAACAUGGUGUGUUAGCGAUGAUCCACAACGCACUAAUAACGGACUUGAAGGCUACAGCCGACGAUUAAAUCAGCGUGUUGGAACUCCACAUCCAAAUUUGUGGAAAUUUCUUCUUCUUCUUCGACAAGAAGAAUUCGUUACAUCACAUCUACUUGUUGAAUUAAAUUCGCCACAUUCACAACAUAAUGAUGAUAAUGAUAAUGAAAAUCCAUCACUCUAUUCAAUAUCAAGAGGAUUCAAAUCAAAAUGGAAAACACAACAGAUUACAAAUUUACAUCAAAUGUUAAGUGAACGCAAAAAAUCGUUGGCAGAAGUACUUCGUCUUCUUUCGUAUUUGGUUGCUGGCAAUUCAAAAGCAAAAAAGAACAGAAAAUCACGACAACAACGUCAAUUGGGUGAAGCAAAUAACAAACAACUACAACAACAAUUAGAUAAUCAUUAG